AUGAGUGACACCGAUCUGGAUUGGACCGACUCACAAGUAUCAGAUUUUUCUGAAUUAGUUCGCCAAGCACGAAGUGUUCGUGCAUCGAAAUGGAAACAAGAUGGAAUUGUAGUCGCUGGUGAUGAUCAAGGAACAGCCGGUGAUGCUAAUCAUCAAUUGAAUACUCCAUAUGAACUUGCAUUCGAUACAAAUAAUCAAUUCUUCUACGUUGCCGAUCAUGAGAACGGUCGUAUUCAACGUUUUUCCGUUAAUAAUGGUGAUAAUAAUAAUACGGGAAUGACUGCACUGAAAAUCGAUGAUGGCACUGCAAGUCAUCCGUGGUUUCCUGAUGACAAAAGAAAUAAACCAUCAACGAUAUUUAUCGACGGCAACGAUAAUAUCUAUGUUGCCGAAAUGUAUCAUCCACAUCGUAUUCUGAAACUGUCACCGGAUAAAACUUCAUCGACAUUGAUUGACACAAAGGAUAAUGUGCUUCAAUCGUGUGCAGGAAUCUAUGUGGACAAACAGGGAAAUAUUUAUGUGUCUGAUUGGCAACAAUAUGCGGUUUUGAAAUUCGAUAAGAACGGAGAACAUGGAGAGAUUGUUGCCGGUGGAAACUUCUUCGGUGAUGGACCCGAUCAAUUCGACCAUCCAACAGGAAUAUUUGUCGCUGAGAAAACAGGCAAUAUUUAUGUUGCUGAUUAUUUGAAUCAUCGUAUUCAACGUUGGUCACCUGGUAGCAAAGAAGGUGUGACAGUUUGUGGUGGAAAUGGUGCUGGAUUUAAUCCCAAUCAGUUAAAUCAUCCCUGUUCGGUUAUUGUUGACGAAGAAGAAGAAUAUAUAUAUGUCGGUGACUCUCUAAAUGCUCGUGUUGUUCGAUGGACAGCCGGUGCGAAACAUGGUGAAGUCGUGGUUGGUGGUAUUGAGAAGACACAAGGAUCCAAUACACUCUGUCGCGUCGGUGGAAUCAAAUUCGAUCGAGAUGGAAAUCUUUAUGUCACAGACAUCUAUCGAAAUCAAAUUCGAAAGUAUUUAGUUGAUAAUUAA